AUGUUCUCAGCACAGAACCACUGCUUGAUCUCUUAUCUUCUCACAAUCCUUCAACAGGACUUCAUUGACUUAACUAGAGAAACCAGACCAAGGGCAAAGGAUCGCAGUGGACUCUGUGUGAUUGACCUGACAAGAUCUGAGGAAGAAAACAGACCUAUUGCCACUCUUGACCUGACUCUAGAACCUGUUGCUCCUGCCCAGAAGGAGCCAGCCAGUCUUCAAACAUGUGCCAGCCUCUCCAGCAAGGAGGUGGUGGAAGGGCGAGUGGACAGAAGCUCUCGGCCGACAGCACAGAGAAUCAUUAACAGUGAUCCUGUGGAUUUGGACCUGUUGGACGAAACUGCAUUUGAAGGUCCUCAACCCCCUACAUCCAUCAGUGGGGACUCUGUUUAUCCAGCAGAGCCAAACUGUAGCUCAACCAUAUUCAAAGGUGACCUCGGCUUCUUGGGAAGCCUACAACUACCUUCAGAUGCUCACCCCCUCUCCCCGACAAGCACUAGUGGUAGCAGCAGCAAUCAAAGGGCGCCCUUGCCAUGCCCGCAGCAAGACGUGCCUUGCCCACCACAAGCCUUGCCGUGCCCACUGCGCGCCUUGCCAUGCCCACUGCGCGCCUCACCAUGUCCACCACGCGCCUCCUCGUGCCCACCGCGAGCCCUGUCAUGCCCAUCACAAACUGUGCAGUGCCAACUACAAACUUUGCCUCACCUGCCUCAGGAAGUGCCAUGUCCUCCUCAAGAUGUGCCGUGCCCUCCGCAGAAUACUCCAGGUCCACCUCAGGGCUCAUCUUGGCAUCCUCAACACUCACCAAGCCCACCUCAAGACUCACUCUGCCCACCUCAAGAUGUAACAGGCCCACCUCAAAACAUAUCAUAUCCACAGGGUGUGACACACCUGCGAGACAUGUCACUGUCCCUGGGAGAUGUGCCACAGUCCCUGGGAGACAUGCCACCAUCCCUGGGAGACGUGCCACCAUUCCUAGGAGACAUGCCACAGUCCCUGGGAGACAUGCCACCAUCCCUGGGAGACUUACCACCGUCCCUGGGAGACAUGCCACAGCCCCUGGGAGACAUGCCACAGCCCCUGGGAGAAUUGCCACAGUCCCUGGGAGACAUGCCACCGUCCCUGGGAGACAUGCCACAGCCCCUGGGAGACUUGCCACAGUCCCUGGGAGACUUGCCACCGACCCUGGGAAACAUGCCACAGUCCCUGGGAGACAUGCCACAGCCCCUGGGAGAAUUGCCACGGUCCCUGGGAAACAUACCACAGUCUCCGGGAGAUGUGCCACAGUCACCAGGAGAUGUGCCACAGUCAUCAGAAGACAUGCCACAGUCACCAAGAGAUGUGCCACUGUUACCAAGAGAUAUGCCACAGUCACCAGCAGAUAUACGACAGUCACUAAGAGACAUGCCACAGUCACCAGGAGAUGUGCCACAGUCACCAGGAAAUGUACCACAUUCACCUGGAGAUGUCCCACACUUAUCAGGAGAUGUGCUGCGUUCACCUGGCGACGUGCCACGCUUGCCAGAAGAUGUGCCGCACACACUUGGAGACUUGCCUCAUUUGCCACGAUUCAGGCCCGACUCUCCCCCAAACGACAUACAGAACCACGACACGCCUAUGGACAUCUCAGCUCCAUCCUCUCCACGCUGCUCUCCCGGCCCGCAGUCUCCACAGUCUGAAACUCCCUUAGAGAAAGUUCCUUGGCUCUCGGUCCCGGGAACACCAGCCAGAAAAGGGAUGUCACCGUCCCAGCCUGCCGGCGCUGCGUCAGCCCGGUUACCAGUACAAGCGCCGCGAGGCGGGCCGCACAGCAGGCCGUGCCUGCACAGGCUGAAGUUCUUCCUGCGGCCUCCGGUGCAUCACCUCUUCUUCCAGACACUGAUCCCAGACAAAGACUCGAGAGAGAGCAAGGGUCAAAAAUUAGAACCCAUUCCUCAUCGAAGACUAAGAAUGGUAACAAACACCAUUGAAGAAAAUUUUCCCCUGGGGACUGUGCAGUUUUUGAUGGACUUUGUGUCACCCCAGCAUUACCCACCCAGAGAAAUUGUGGCUCACAUCGUCCAGAAAAUCCUGCUCAGUGGCUCGGAGACUGUGGAUGUCCUAAAGGAGGCCUACAUGCUUCUCAUGAAAAUUCAACAGCUACAUCCAGCUAAUGCCAAGACGGUAGAAUGGGACUGGAAGCUCCUCACUUAUGUCAUGGAAGAAGAGGGACAAAAUCUGCCCGGGCGAGUCCUCUUCCUGCGUUACGUAGUGCAGACCCUGGAAGAUGACUUCCAGCAGAUCCUGAGGAAGCAGCGACAGCACCUGCAGCAGUCCAUCGCGAGCACUGUGCUCUCCUGUGACAAGCAACCCCACAAUGUCAGUCCCGAGCCCAACCUGACGAAGAACACCAAUCAGCUGAUUGUGUGCCAGCUGCAGAGGAUGCUGUCCAUAGCCGUCGAGGUGGACAGGACCCCCACAUGUAGCUCCAAUAAAAUUGCUGAAAUGAUGUUUGGGUUUGUGCUGGACAUUCCUGAGAGGAGUCAGAGAGAGAUGUUCUUUACGACCAUGGAAAGCCACCUCCUGCGCUGCAAGGUGCUGGAAAUCAUAUUCCUGCACAGCUGCGAGACUCCCACCCGCCUGCCCUUGUCUCUGGCCCAGGCCCUCUAUUUUCUGAACAAUUCCACAUCACUGCUCAAGUGCCAGUCGGAUAAAACCCAGUGGCAGAUGUGGGAUGAGCUGGUCGAGCACCUGCAGUUUCUGUUAUCCAGUUAUCAACAUGUUUUACGAGAGCACUUACGGAGCUCAGUGAUCGACCGAAAAGACCUAAUCAUCAAAAGGAUUAAGCCGAAGCCGCAGCAAGGAGACGACAUCACGGUGGUGGACGUGGAGAAGCAGAUCGAGGCCUUCCGCAGCCGCCUGGUCCAGACGCUGGGGGAGCCGCUGGUGCCGCAGCUCCAAGACAAAGUGCACUUGCUGAAGCUCCUGCUCUUCUACGCCGCCGACCUGAACCCCGAUGUGGAGCCCUCUCCAAAGCCCUGGAGCAGCCCCUGAGGGCCUGCCGAGCCCUGAGCACCAAGGAUACCUCCUGAACUCCAUCUCCAGCUGCUUGGAAAUCCUCCAAGUACAGAAAGUAGUUCAAAAUCGUACAGGACCAAACCUGUCUUAUUUAUCUGUAGGCUGUAACAACUUUCUAACUCUUUAGUAAAUAUCCUUUUUUUUAAUAAUCCUAUCCUAGCCUGUUCUCAGACGGCUUAAAUAUAUAAGGUGUAUAUAUUUUUUAAUAAAUUAUUUAUCUAUACUUUUUUUGAAACAGGUAAUACUAUACGCACUGUAUGUUUAACAUUUCCAUUCAAGAUGUGAAAAAAGAAUCCCUGUGCUGAACAAAUCCUGGACAUCAGUGCUAUGUCGUUCACGGUACUGACAGCCUGUUUCAGAAGAGAAAGACACAUUCGUCUCUCCCUAAUGGAACACAGGCAUCCUGCAUCGGACCUGUUCUGUUGCUGAAGAAUUUGACUUUGUGGCCAGUCUAUUAAGAUCUAAUGUAAUGACGGGGGGGUUAGAAACAAAAGGAUUGUGUGUUACAGAAAAAUCUGAUGUUAAAAGGAUACAAUAAAAAGGCAAUGGUUUUUGAAAA